AUGUUAAACGUUGCAACCUAAGCUAUUCUUAUAUUAGUUUUAGUAUCAACAACUAAUGCUUGGCCAGGAUAUAAAUCUUCAUAACAAAAGAAGACAAACUCAGAAUUCUGCUAUGAAACAAAUGGUGUUCAUGGAGACUGUGGAACGAAAUAUAAAAUAAGAGGGAAUCACCCAGAAAAUGUCAAGCUUCCACCUGCUUUUAUUAUGGAAUUCGAGUAAUCAGUUAUUGAAUGCGAAUUAAAUGAUCCUCAUUGUUUUCCUCCCUUCUAUCCUUCUGCCACAGAAUAGCUUUAGGGAAGGUAUCCAAUUACUAUCGGUAAAGGAUUCACCUAUUUUAAUUCUACUCACAGAGGAGGCUCAUAAGUAGAGUAUUACUCCAAAAAUUGUGUACCUGUAUUUCAAAGCUAUAUUGCUCAUUUCCAAUGUACUCUUUACAUAAUAAAUGACACAUAAACUGCAUAUUUUACGACUGAAAAUGGUCCAAAAGAGUUUGGAGACUGCUGCAUAUUAACUAAGGGAUUCCAUCCACCAAGGAGAGAUUUUAUUAGAAAUCUAAAUUACACUGGUAUCAAGACAUAUGGUGUUCACCAUUAAAAGUAUCAUAGUUUUACAGUAAAAACUAAUGAGGGAGAGUUUUGUUUUAACUUUUGGGAUAAAGAAAUGACUGAUAAGCAUUCAGGAGAGAAGUAUCAUGAACCUGCCUUUUUUGAAUAUGAAGGGUUCUAAAAAAGCACAAAAAACACAAAAGGAGAGCCAUAAGAUUUGAGAAUAUUUUAGACUUUCCAUAAUAUCAGAACUGAUCCAUUCAAUCCUGAAGACUACUUUACUCUGCCUGCAGCUUGUAAUCCUGAUGCUCCUAGAUGUCCUGACUAUGAUCACUCAGCCUAUAAUAAGCAUAUGACAUUCAUGUAAUGA